AUGCACCAAGCACUGGUCAUUGACGAAAUAGUUCAAGUCGUCUUUGACUUUUGUCUUGACUUCGGCAGCGACACGCUCACUAGGGUCGCAAGGACUUGUAAGGCAUGGCGAGACCCUGCCUUGGAUCGCCUCUGGUACCGUCUUAUAGAUGUCACCCCGUUAUUACAGCUUGUUCCAGGGAUUAUUCGUGUAAAUGGUGUAUACGUUUUUGAGUCUCCGGUUUCGCCAGACCUGAGCUCUCUUCGCUUCUAUGCUCCCCGGGUUAAGCAUAUUGUUCAUAGACGCAACUUACAGUUGCACCCUCAUAUGUCUUCGAUAAUUGCUGGUUCAGUCGACGGGAUGUUCACGGGACUCACUACCGUUCAGCUGGCACUUUUGAACUGCCAUUCUGUCUGUCCUAUCCUUGGACCCGGCACCAUGCUGAAAAAACUCGACCUGGAUCUCAGCUUCCACCCAGGUGUCUUUGAUAGUUCAAAUAAGACGACGUGUGACUAUCUAUCCAAUCUGCCGAGGUUGGAGACCUUGAGCCUCCGCGGUCUGGCUUCAGAAAACUUAAAUCGCACCAUAUCCGUGACUUCCCAUUUGCAAUCGAUCUCCUUGCGGUUAAGCACCUCCUUGAAUGCAGACACCAUUAUCGCCAUCUCUCGGUUUCCUGCACUCGUCGAGCUAGAGUUUCACGCGCCACAUAUACGCGUGGCGGAUUUGGCAGAGAAGUGGUCAAGUGUGGGCAGUGGUGUUUGUUUCCCAUCUCUUCGGUCACUAAACAUCCGCGCCAGCACUUCUCUUGUCGGCGAGCUCCUACAAAAUAUGCAUUCGAUCAAAUUGCACACUAUAUACCUCGACGUAGAACCGGUAGCUCAAACAGACGAAGCUUGGAUCGAUCUAUUCAACAUCAUGAAGGAUAAGACUCCUAACCUGCACGACUUUACAAUAGACCAUCACGUAGACACCGACACUCCCGGUUCAGACAGUGACACCGGUCUUCCUAUUAAUGACCUUGGUAAUGACCACCCCAUAUCCCACUCGAAUGGUUUCGAGAACCUUCUACGGUUCCAACUUAUAUACCCUUUGUUCGCUCUUCGCAAGCUUCAGCGUAUCGUAUUUGAUACCACUCCCCCUAUUCUGGUUCACGACGAAGACCUCGAAAAAUUAGGCAGUCAGUUGCCCCAGCUCACGCAUCUUGACCUCGGGGCAGUACCCACUGUUGACCCCCGGUGGGUUCCAAAGGCCACCCUCAAGGGUCUAUACUUGUUUUCUCAAAAGUCAUCGAACUUGAAAGAUCUCAUAAUCCCUAUCGACCUGUCCACCUCAUCACGCCCCGACGAACUUUUAAAGACCUUUACCACGACCCAUGACACUCUACGCAAUAUCAAUAUCUCCACCCUCACACCACCGGACCCGACGUCGAUGGCACGUUUUCUGGCCUCCCUCUUUCCAUGUCUGGAGCAUGCAGACGGCGUAGCUGACCACUUUGACGAGUGGCAGCAUAUUCAAACAUCUAUCCGAGGCAUAAAAGGCGCUUCAGAGAGCUGA